AUGCUGAUCCGGCUGUGUCUGACCCUCUUCUUUCUCGGGUGCUCUAUUGCUGAGACCCCAGCACCUGUGCCUGAGGAUGAGUUGGUGGGCAUCGUGGGGGGCCAGAGUGCCCCACAGGGGAAGUGGCCAUGGCAGGUCAGCCUGAGGAUCUACAGCUACUACAGGACCUCCUGGGUGCACAUCUGUGGGGGUUCCAUCAUCCAUCCACAGUGGGUGCUGACUGCAGCCCACUGCAUUCAUGAGAGAGAUGCUGAUCCAUCAACCUUGCGGAUCCAUGCUGGGGAUGUGUACCUCUACGGGGGCAAGGAGCUCCUAAAAGUUAGGCGGGUCAUCAUUCACCCAGACUUUGUCCAUGCUGGCCUGGGUUCAGACGUGGCUCUGCUCCAGCUGACAGAAUCUGUGCAGUCCCUUGCUAACGCCGUGCCUGUCAAGCUGUCUUCUGGGUCUCUUCAGGUCACCCAGAAUGAUGUGUGCUGGGUGACUGGCUGGGGUACAGUGAGCAUGUUCAGGUUGCUGCCUCCUCCCUACCGCCUGAGGGAGGUGCAGGUGAAAAUAGUGGACAAUGAGCUCUGUGAGAAGCUGUACCACAACGCCUCAAGGCACUACUAUCACGGCCAGAGACUGAUCCUAUCGGACAUGCUAUGCGCAGGCAGCGAGGGCCGAGAUUCCUGCUAUGGUGACUCAGGCGGCCCUCUGGUCUGCAGUGUGGAAGGCUCCUGGACCCUGGUGGGAGUGGUGAGCUGGGGCUAUGGCUGUGCCCUGAAGGACAUCCCUGGGGUCUAUGCCCGUGUGCAGUCCUUCCUGCCCUGGAUCAAUCGGCAGCUGAGGAGGUUCUCCUGA